GUUUGUCCGCCAGCGGGCGCUGUAGCGCGGAGCGGGGACGUCGGGAGGUUUGUCCGCCAGCGGGCGCUGUAGCGCGGAGCGGGAACGUCGGGAAGUUUGUCCGCCAGCGGGCGCUGUAGCGCGGAGCGGGGACGUCGGGAAGUUUGUCCGCCAGCGGGCGCUGUAGCGCGGAGCGGGGACGUCGGGAGGUUUGUCCGCCAGCGGGCGCUGUAGCGCGGAGCGGGGACGUCGGGAAGUUUGUCCGCCAGCGGGCGCUGUAGCGCGGAGCGGGAACGUCAGGAAAUUUGUCCGCCAGCGGGCGCUGUAGCGCGGAGCGGGGACGUCAGGAGGUUUGUCCACCAGCGGGCGCUGUAGCGCGGAGCGGGAACGUCAGGAAGUUUGUCCACCAGCGGGCGCUGUAGCGCGGAGCGGGGACGUCGGGAAGUUUGUCCGCCAGCGGGCGCUGUAGCGCGGAGCGGGAACGUCGGGAAGUUUGUCCGCCAGCGGGCGCUGUAGCGCGGAGCGGGGACGUCGGGAAGUUUGUCCGCCAGCGGGCGCUGUAGCGCGGAGCGGGAACGUCAGGAAGUUUGCCUAGCGGCGGGCGCCGUAGCGCGGAGCGGAAGUGGGAACGUCAAGAAGUUUGACCGCCGGCGGGCGCCGUAGCGCGCAGCGCGAAUGGGAAUAUUAGGAAGUUUGUCCGCCGGCGGGCGCCGUAGCGCGCAGCGGGAACGGGAAUGUCAGGAAGUUUGUCCUCCGGCGGGCGCCGUAGGGCGGAGUGACCCUACCCGGAAGUUUGGGAGAGUGGCGGAACCGGCGGCCCCCGAUGGAGUUCGAUGGCGACACCGUCCGCGGGCUGCUCGGAAAAUAUAAAUUCAGAGAUCUGACCAUGGAAGAACUGAAGAACGUAAAUACGGCCUACCCAAAUUUCAAAUUCUCCAUGGACACCUAUGUGUUCAAAGACAGCUCCCAAAAAGAUCUGCUGAAUUUUACUGGCACUAUUCCCGUGAAAUAUCAGGGUAACACGUAUAACAUGCCGAUUCGUUUUUGGAUUUUGGAUUCUCACCCUUUUGCUCCCCCCAUUUGCUUCUUGAAGCCAACUCCAAACAUGGGAAUCUCCGUGGGGAAGCAUGUCGAUGCUCAGGGCAGAAUAUACCUGCCUUACCUUCAAAACUGGAGUCACCCGAAAUCCGUCCUCCUUGGAUUAAUCAGUGAAAUGAUCGCCAAGUUUCAGGAAGAACUCCCCCUCUAUUCCGCGACGCCAUCGAGUGAGGGUCAGCGGGCAGAAUUGCUGGCUUAUAUUGCCAAGAUUACUCAAGGUGUAUCAGACGUCAAUUCGAAGAGCAGGGAAAAUGAGGAGAAAAAAAUCAACAAAAUCACCGUGGUCGGAGGCGGGGAGCUGGGUAUAGCCUGCGUGCUAGCGAUUUCCGCAAAGGGUGUUGCGGACAAGGUGGUCCUUUUGGACCUCUCCGACGGCGGAAUUAAAGGAGGAACCAUGGACUUAGACAUUUUUGGUUUACCGAAUGUGGAGAUCAGCAAAGAUCCUGCCGCCUCGGCCCAUUCGCAAGUGGUGGUCCUCACGGUGAACUCGUUAGGGGAUUCUCAGUCCUACCUCGACGCGAUCCAGGCCAAUGUGGAUCUGUUCAGAGGACUGGUCCCUGCCCUGGCCAACUUCAGCCAACAAAGCGUCCUGCUGGUCGCUUCUCAGCCGGUGGAAAUCAUGGCUUAUGUGGCUUGGAAACUGAGCUCAUUUCCCGAAAACCAAGUGAUCGGAAUUGGAUGCAAUCUGGAUUCGGAGCGGUUCCAAUACAUCGUUGCCAACGUCUUGAAAGCGCAGGCCCCAGGGAAGGGCGUGUGGAUCAUUGGCGAACAGGGGAACGACAAAGUGCCAGCCUGGGGUGGCCCUGAAGAAAUCCUGCCUAAUAGCUCCCAGGUGCAGUUAGCCAACAGAGCCGUGGAAAUACUGUCGACCAAAGGUCAACGAUCCUGGUCUGUGGGGCUGUCGGUAGCGGACCUGACCGAUAGCAUCGUGAACAAUAAGAGAAAAGUUCAUUCUGUGUCCAUUCUCGCUAAGGGCUCUUAUAACAUAAACAGUGAAGUGUUUCUGAGUUUGCCGUGCAUCCUGGGGCCCGAGGGGGUGACCAAAGUGAUGGAGACAACGCUGAACGAUGACCGCCUGCUGAAGAAGCUCCAGGGCAGCGCGGCCUCGCUUCACGAUCUCCAGCGGCGGCUGCAAAUUUAAGCUUCAAGCCGGCGGCGUGGGGCGUUCGCUUCGUGCAACCGGCGAAUCCCUUCCACGGGAAAGGGCCGCCGGGCUGAAUUCCCGCUCCGCGGAGUCGGAGAGGCUUCGGUACGGCCCACACGGCUACUCGUCGAGCCUAGGAUCCCCCUCAAACAGCACAGAUGGUCCCUCAACACUGCUUCCUCAAGAAGCGGGGUUCGGAUAGAGGCCAAUCAUCAUCGUCAUCAUCAUCCAUCGUAUUUAUUGAGCGCUUACUGUGUGCAGAGCACUGUA